AUGGCUUCACUUGACCCAACAUGUUACUUUGAAGCAACAAAAUCAGAGGUUUGGAGAGCUGCCAUGAAGGAGGAGCUGGUAAUGAUUGAGAAGAACCAAACUUGGAACCUGGUUGACAGACCUCAAAACAAAAAAGUAAUUCAAGUUAAAUGGAUUUUCAAGAAGAAACUCAAACCGGAUGGCUCAGUCUUUAAGCACAAAGCUAGGCUGGUUGUCAAAGGGAGCAAACCAACUCAGCUGGAGGAAUUCAAGAAAUCCAUGUUUGAUGAGUUUGAGAUGACAGAUUUAGGUGAAAUGGCUUACUUUCUUAGGAUGCAGGUUUAUCAAAGCUCAGCUGGAAUUUUUGUUAAACAAGAGAAGUAUGCAAUCGAAGUUUUAAGGAAAUUCAAUAUGGAGAAUUGCAAAUCAGUGGACAUUCCAUUGGUUCCUAAUCAAAAGUUGUCAAAGGAUGAUGAUGUAGAAAGUGUUGAUGAAGGGCAUUAUAGGAGCUUGGUUGGCUGCUUGUUGUACCUAACAGCAACAGGACCUGAUAUCAUGUUUGCUACAAGUUUGUUGUCCAAGUUUAUGAAUCAGCCCAAGGAAACACACAUCAAAGCUGCAAAAAGAGUGCUAAGAUAUGGAAUAAAUAUGAGGAAAACAAGGAGAAUAGGUCCAGGUCGUAGUGAUGCUUCGAAUGCACAAGAUGUUCCAACUGCACCUAAAGCUCUUAACCCAGCAACUGCUACUUCAAGCGCUCUGGGUUUAGAUGUUGUAACAUUGGAGCAUAUGAUCCAGGAGGUUGUUAAUAGAGCUUUAAGGAGAACCCCAUCGAAAAGUACAAGUACUCCGAUGACAACAAUGACAACCAAUGUGGUACCAAGUCAAGCAAUAGGGACGAGUACCUCAAAAGCAAUGGUUCUUCCAAAGCAGAUUGAACCGAUUUAUGGCCUCUCAAGUAAACAUCAGCCUCCAGAAUUUAGCGCACUAAUGAUCCAGUAUUAG